AUGACUGCAUCCACCUUCUUCGUCACCGGGGCGACAGGAUGUCAAGGAGGUGCUGUAGCUCGCCAGCUCCUCUCCCACGGCCACAUGGUACACGCCAUAACACGCAGCCCGGACUCCCCAGCAUCCCAAACCCUCAAAACCCUCGGCGUGAAACUCUUCACUGGCAAUCUCGACAACGAAGCUGCCCUCCAAUCUGGCAUGCAAGACUGCGUUGGACUCUUCCUCGUCAUCCCACCAGCAGACCACAACACAACAAUCAAAUACACAACCACCAUCCUCUCCGCUGCUAAAGCAACUGGUACCAUAAACAAUGUCGUCGUAUCAACGACAAUGGGAACCGACAGGCCCGAUCGCCUAGCCGCCUGGAACCCUGAAACAGCAAUGGAACAACUCGUCCGAACCGCAGGGUUCAAAUAUUACACCAUCCUGAGGCCGGGUAACUUCAUGGCGAAUUUCAUCGGUCCCAAAAUCCGUGUCGUGAAUCCUGAUCUCGCGAUUACGGGGGUCUACAGGACGUCGUAUACGCGAGACACACUCUUACCAAUGACGGAUGAAGCGGAUACCGCGAAAUUCUGCGCAGCCGCAUUCGUAUGUCCAGAACGAUUCAGUGGGAGGGCUAUUGCAGUCGCAUCAGAGCUUCUCACCGUCGAAGAAAUUAUGGAAGGCUUGAGUAGAGUCUCCGGGAAAAGUAUUUCGGCUUAUUAUCUAUCGGAUCAGGAGAUCGACGAAGCAGCAGCGAAGAAUAAGCCAGAGUCGUGGCAUAAGAAUUUGAGAGAUAUGGAUAAACUGGUGGAUAUGGAAGAGGUUAAGGCAUGGGGGAUAGGGCUGAACACGUUCAUGGACUUCUUACAGAGGCAGUGCGAUAUCGUGAAGGACACGUUCAGUCAAGUUGCAUACUCUUGA